AUCGUUUCACCAACAUCCUAAAUUAACGUUCAUGCUGUGUUCCGUGUAAUUGUUUAAAAUGAUUAUGAGAUUUCGAUGCGGUCAUCAACUGAAAUAACCCUUUCAACAAGGGUCAAAAGUGUGAGGUAUACAACAUUGCAAGUCUAGUACAUUUUUCGGCUUGCAUCAUCGAAAUCAAGGCGGAAAAUAUUAAAAUCACGAACGCUCUACCACCCAAAGACCUAAGGAACAUUUGUUAGGACAUUACUUAUAUCAUAAUAUAAUUUACGAUGGAAGAAUACACAAGAGAACCGUGUCCGUGGAGGAUUGUGGAUGACUGUGGGGGUGCUUUUACUAUGGGUCUGAUUGGAGGAGGCGUCUUUCAAAGUAUCAAAGGUUUUCGAAAUGCCCCUUCAGGAAUCAACAGACGUUUGCUUGGAAGCGUGACAGCCAUUAAACAAAGAUCCCCAAUAAUUGCGGGCAACUUCGCAGUGUGGGGCGGUAUGUUCUCGACAAUAGAUUGUGCAUUGAUCCACGUCAGAAAGAAGGAAGAUCCUUGGAACUCUAUCAUCAGUGGUGCCGCAACCGGUGGUAUUCUAGCGGCUAGAAAUGGAUUGGGCGCUAUGGCGGGCAGUGCUUUCAUUGGCGGCGUUCUGUUAGCUUUAAUAGAAGGUGUUGGUAUUCUAUUUACAAGAUUAUCAGCAGAACAAUUUCAACCACAGUUGCCUCCAAUGGAGGAUCCCAGUCAACUAGGACAGAAAGGACAAGGCGGCGUGCAGUUUCAAUGAUAGAAUUUUUCGAUUGUUAGUCGUAAAUUUAUAUUAAUAAUAUGUAUAAACUGAAACCGUUUUAUUUUUGUAUAUAUAUAGGGAAACUUCUAGAAUAACUGUGAGAUUUGUUCUGAAACAACAAGACGGACUUUAAAUUAUUUAAACUGUUAUUGGUUUCACGCGAGACUAAUCUGUUAAUGGUAACAGUAUUCACAGACAAAAUUAAUAGUGCAGUUAUUGUGGGCAGAACAUUAUGUCCAAAUGUACAAAUUCGCCAAUUUAAUUUAUGUUGGAUGAAUAAAAUUUUUGUAUAAUUUGUUAUGUACAUGAUAGGGAUAUUUACCACAUUGUUCCUAGUUAUUUUUUGUUAAUGCAAGACUGUUACAAAUAAAAAUUGUGAAUUUGAAAUUCGCAAUUGAUUCAAUAAAA